GCCCCGCCCCGCCCCGGUCAGCUGGGUUCCGCGUCCAGCCGGCUGCGGAGCAUCCCGGGCGGCGCGAACGGCCCAGCCAUGUCCGCAGCCAUGAGGGAGAGGUUCGACCGGUUCCUGCACGAGAAGAACUGCUUGACUGAUGUCCUGGCCAAGCUCGAGGCCAAGACCGGAGUGAAUCGGAGCUUCAUCGCGCUCGGUGUCAUCGGACUGGUGGCUUUGUAUCUGGUGUUCGGUUAUGGAGCCUCUCUCCUCUGCAACCUGAUAGGUUUCGGAUACCCAGCCUACAUCUCAAUGAAAGCCAUCGAGAGUCCCAACAAAGAUGACGACACCCAGUGGCUGACGUACUGGGUGGUGUACGGUGUGUUCAGCAUCGCUGAAUUCUUCUCCGACCUCUUCCUGUCCUGGUUCCCCUUCUACUACAUGCUGAAGUGUGGCUUCCUGUUGUGGUGCAUGGCACCCAGCCCGUCUAACGGGGCUGAGCUGCUCUACAGGCGUGUCAUCCGUCCUGUCUUCCUGAAGCACGAGUCCCAGGUAGACAGUGUGGUGAAGGACGUGAAGGACAAAGCCAAAGAGACUGCAGAUGCCAUCAGCAAAGAAGUCAAGAAGGCGACGGUGAACCUGCUGGGCGAUGAGAAGAAGAGCACCUGAGCCCUGGCUGGCGCCCCUCCCCCACGCCCCAUAGAGCUCCGCGUUAUGCUAGGGACAGUGGCACAGCCGUUGGAUAAUGUUGCCUUGGAAACUUUCUGAUGUAUUAAAAGUGGAAUGUGUUGUAA